GCUGAAAGACUAUUAUCAUCUUUUUUUUCUUUACCUUUCAGCAAAAUGAUGGUCCAACACUCUGGCCAGGUAUCAGCAUUAGAAGUCAGCGCCUCCGCAAUUGUUCCCACUUUGUCCCCUGCAGGGUCACUGGGGUUUGAUGAUUUCACAAAUUUAACCCCACUGGUGAAAGAGGAACUGCGGUUCGCCAUUCAGAACAAGCGCCAAGCCCACAGGAUGUCUUCCACACUGGACACGGUGACUGUCUCUGAAAGGCCGGUGGAAGCGUCCAUCAUGAAAGCAGAGUUUACUCCUGAGGAGGAUGAAAGGAAAAAACGGAGAAGGGAAAGGAACAAAAUUGCUGCUGCAAAGUGCCGAAACAAAAAGAAGGAAAAAACAGAAUGUUUGCAGAAAGAAUCAGAAAAGCUGGAAACUAUCAAUGCAGAAUUAAAAGCCCAGAUUGAAGAGCUAAAGAAUGAGAAGCAGCAUUUGAUAUACAUGCUAAAUCUCCACAGGCCCACUUGUAUAGUCCGGGCACAAAACGGAAGGACACCUGAAGAUGAAAGGAAUCUCUUUAUUCAACAGAUCAAAGAAGGAACAUUACAAGGUUAAGUGAUAUGGCAAACAUGGAAAUAUUUAUAGUAUGUUUUUAACAGCUACCAGAAUCCACGGAGGAGCUGACUUAACGUGUAGGAUUCUAUUAGUCAAGAGCCUUUAGGAAGGGCAGGUGUCUGUUUUAAGCAGAAAGAAUUAUUUUGGCUUGACAGCGAUUCUUCCCCUUGGAAGAGCUGGUCUCAACCAAACCGAAGUGUCCUCUGCCUCAAACGUAGGUUUUGCUCCUGUCGUCCUUGCUGUUCCUAGGAGCUGCAGACAACAGCUUCAGAAGUUUUAGCUCUCUGCUAGCAUACAGCAUCUGCACUCACGACGUUCGUGCUAGAACACUAUGACUUGCGAUGAUGCACGUGGUACAGACAGCUGUGCUGGAUGGACACUACCCUUCCUCACUGCUGGUGGGGAAAGCAGACCGAGACUGGGUUGCUUAUUUUUUUUCUUCAGGUUUUGAAGUUUCCAGGAGGAUGCUUUCUGGCAGAAUGUACUGAUAUGUAAUACUGCAUUCUAACCAAACACGUACACGCACACGCGCA